AUGGCUACCAGUUCAAAUUCAGAUAUUUACAACACUGUAGAUGAUUUCUACUUCUCAGCUCUCCACGACAACGAUGAAAUCUUUCCCAUUUCCGAUGAGAAAUACGCCGAGGAACUUCAACUUCAAGAGGCUCUUGUAUCUUCAGCAUCUCUAACAAGUCCAUCGUCAUCAUCAUUCCCUUCCACUUCUACACCUCGACCUGUAUUGAAGAGGAAGCAGGCACUUCUACCAUCUGAAGCAGCGCAAUCAUCAGAGAGCUUCUGCGGUAUUUGCAUGGACUCCAAAAGUUCAUCUGAAAUGUUUACAAACGCAACAGUCUGCGGUCAUCUGUUCUGUUCAGAUUGCAUACGUGGACACGUAUCUGCGAAAAUCAAAGAGAACAUUGUUUUGGUGAAGUGUCCAGAACCCAAAUGCAAAGGGCUAAUAGGACCAGAAAUUUGUCGACCCAUUGUCCCAAAAGAAGUGCUUGAAAGAUGGGAAGACGCUUUGUGCGAGUCGUUGAUCCUAGGUUCUCAGAAAUUCUACUGCCCGUUUAAAGAUUGUUCGGCCAUGUUGGUGGAUGAUGGCGGAGAAGCUGUGACAUCAUCGGAAUGCCCAAACUGCAACAGAUUGUUCUGUGCGCAGUGUAAGGUGGCAUCGCAUCCCGGGAUGGACUGCAGUGAGUAUAAGAGCUUAAAGGAAUAUGAAAGAAAUCCAGAAGAUUUAAUGUUAAUGGAGCUCGCCAAGAACAAAAAGUGGAGAAGGUGCCCAAGCUGUAACUUUUAUGUCGAAAAAAACGAGGGUUGUCAGCACAUAUCUUGCAGGUGUGGGUAUCAUUUUUGCUAUGGAUGUGGAAAGGAGCACAAUGGAAGCCAUGCCUGUGUUUUUACCUGA